CCUCCACAUUUCUCUCUCCAGAAACCCAACAAACACCGAAUCCAUAAAUCAAACAAACAAAGCCCACAUUUCUCUCUCUUCCCUUUCCUCUCUGUCCACCUGAAAAGAAAUCGAAGGAUUUCUAACCAUAACAGCUGAAUCAGCAUCAACAGCUAACAAGAAACACAACACCACCCUUUUAAAAUCUUUCUACCCCCACCACCACCACCAUUUGGGGUUUUCCGAUUAUCUCUUUUUCUUUCUCCACCGCCAUCAUCUUAGAAUUUUGUACACUCAGGAUUGUUUCUCUUCUUCUUUUCUUCUUCUUCUUCUUCUUUUUUCUUUUUUUGAUCUCCAUUUUGGUUUUCAUUGGUAGCUUCCAAGUUCUGAAUUUGAGAAUCGCGAAGCUCUUUGCUUUUCAUCUUUUUCUAUCCCCAAAUUUUGAGGUCAAGAUUGUUUCGAUCUUGAUCUAUCAAAAACCCUUUUGUUUGUUUCCCUUAAAGGUGAGAGGAAAACUCUCAAUUCCUUUCAUUUUUCUCGUUUUGUGACCUGAGUUGAUGGCCGAAUUCGAAAAUAACAUGGACUUCACGGGCAAAUCCAAGUCUACCACCAUCGCCUCCUCUUUCUUUAAUCGUUCUAUUACAAUUCACUCAUCAAAAUCAUCCCCCAAAGAAUUUGUUCAAUCCCCCUCCAGAUUCUUCAAUUCCUUUGAACCCAUGAAAGGGAAGGUUCAGAGGCUUAGCAAUAUCUUCGAAUCGUCGAAAUCCCACAAGUCAAUUCUCCACGGAUCCCAAUCACAAUCGCUAACGCUAGCGAGCAAGCUUAAGCCUGUGAAAUCGAUGGGACCUGAAUAUAAUAGGUAUACUUUUGGGUUCGCCAAUUCUAGGAUUCGACUGCCAGGUACCUCGGAUCGGAUUGUGGUUUAUUUUACCAGUCUACGAGGGAUUCGAAGGACGUUUGAGGAUUGUUAUGCUGUUAGGAUGAUAUUUAGAGGGUUUAGAAUGUGGAUUGAUGAGAGGGAUAUUUCCAUGGAUUCAGCUUACAAGAAUGAGUUGGAAAGUGUGUUGGGAGAGGGUAAUGUGAGCUUACCACAAGUAUUUAUAAGGGGAAAGCAUGUGGGUGGUGCUGAAGUGAUUAAGCAAAUGUAUGAGACUGGCGAAUUGGCCGACGUUCUUGAUGGUUUCCCGAGAAGACAGCCUGGGUUUGUUUGUGAAGCGUGCGGUGAUAUGAGAUUUGUACCAUGUGGAAAUUGUAGUGGCAGUAGGAAGAUUUUUGAUGAAGAGGAAGAUGUGCUCAAGAGGUGCUUUAUAUGCAAUGAGAAUGGACUGAUUCGGUGUCCUGAUUGCUGUUCAUGAUUUCCCUGCAGCACAUAGUUGAUGAUUUGUUGUGUUGGUUUCAGAUGUUCUGUUGAUGUAUGCAUGGAUGUGGAUAUUGUAUUAAAGGUUGAAUUCAAAGUGCUCUUUGGACUCAUGGACUUUGCUUUUUCUCAUUUCUAAAUGUGUGAUCAUCGGUUAGGGGGUCGAUGUUCAUUGUUCUGUGAAGAUUGUUAUGAGAAAUAAUAGUCUGUUGUAUCAAAACACCAUAUUUGAUUGCGUGUUUUGGUAGUAUUGUGCACAAGGGAGUUUCUCCUUUAUGGCAAUGUAAAUAUUUAGUCCUCAAAUGGUGGAUAAUAAUGAGAAUGGUGGUGUUAUCUUUCCCUAA